GUUACAUUGAGUUUUCGACAUUUCGACAGUGAUUUCUUUGUAUGAACGAUUUUUCUUCUUUGGGAAGCCGAACAUACGCUGGAAUGCAUAUGGUAUGGUAUGGCGAAGUAUCUGACUUUCUGUUUUUUGUGAAUACGUUGCGAAAUCUAGAGUAGCGGUUCGCUUAGUAGACGGCCGGCACCUUCCUGUAUUUGAUCAUAAUUUUGAUGGUUGAUGAUAAUCGCUCUGGAUUUAGAGUGUCUCGCAGACUGAUAAGUGGCGGCAGACAUGCAGUCUUAAAUUCCAUGCGACGCAACGCCUUGAAGUCGGAAUGAUAUUUGAAGGUGAUCAUCAUAUUUCAUGGUCGCUUGCGACUACAUUCUAACUGGAACGCGCACAAGUCCGUGAUUGUUAGUGGGGCUUAUUUUUAAAAUCCAGCGGAAACCGAAAGUCGUAUGCUUUCGUUAUCAACAAGUACAUUUGGCGGAAGAUUGCGACAGUCAGAAAUCUGCGGCUGCAGUCAGCUUCCCUGAUUAAAGUUAUGUUCCCAGUUCCUUGUCAACAUGAGCGGUAAAUCUGUUGCUGCUGGACAGAUCAUCGUUUCCAGCGAAGUCUGGGUUUGGUCGUUCGAAUGGCACCAGCAUCAGACACACUGCGCCUUUUGCUUUCGGAACUCAGCAAAUCUGCGGUCGUGUCAAGGAUGCCAGUUGUAUCGAUACUGCAACGCAGAAUGUCAGCGUGCCGACUGGAAAAAGGAGCACAAAUGCGAAUGCGAUCUUCUGAAGCGUGUCCGAGACUACAGACAAGAAACCGAAACUUACCCUGAGGUCCAUCGUAUGGCGAGGAUGAUGCGGCUUGCCAGCGGUAUACAGGGCGACACUUCGCAAACAUUUGCCACGAGUUCCAUCAUUCUACUUAAAAUUAUAAAUAAAAUUAUGAAAAUGACGAAGGAGAGCAUCUCCGGUUAUGACGAAAAGUUAUCGGCGGGGAACAUCCUUGAAAUGUUUCCUAGUGUUCUCACAGCGGUAACACGAAAACUGGAAUUUGUUCGAGAAAAAAUGUUCCAAGGGUUACUGAAAGCAGCAUUUCCGGAAUUGGUUGCAAAAGAAUCCCUUUGGCCGGAAUAUCUUGUUGCUGAAACUCUGACAAAAAUUGACUUGCAUCAGCAUGCUAUCAUCAAUUAUGACGGUGGUCGUCCGUUUUUCUUUGGAAUGGGUCUCUUUCCGGCUGUCCCCAAUGGUCUCUUAGACGAAGCGUGUUCCGAUCAGAAUGCUGUGGUUCUGUUUAACGGAAGGACUCUCCUGUUGUACGCUGUGGAUGAUAUUCCCAACUAUACUGGGCUAGACGACGUGCAGUUGUGUGAUUUGCGAGAGUUUCCCUUCCGAUGGCCGGUGAAGCAGCGGCGCGAAAUGUACGCAGACAAGUUUGGCGGCGCGGAAUGCACAUGUCGCAAAUGUACUAAGGAAUAUGAAGCGAUUAUAAAUCCGUUGAAAUGUGCCACAAAAGGAUGCACAGAGCGUAUUCCAAGUGAUGAUCGCGCGUUGGAGCCAUGUGCGCAGUGCGGCGCGAUCAACGAGGUCAAUCUUCGGAAGCUACAGACGUUUCGAGAUAAGCACGAAGAAGACUUUUCCGGGUACCUUGCCAUGUGGUUAAAACGAGACUGUCACGCUAUUAUGCCUAAGAAAUUCCCAUUAUGGAAAGAGCUGGAGAAGGCGAAUAUUCUGCAGCCGGAAGCGCAGCUUCGCUUCGUCCUUGGCUGGGAUGUGGCUCGAUCGUGCGAUGAAACUGGACGACAUCAGGAAGCAUGGGAGAUAUACCGCCACAUGAUUGUUUGCCUGCGGAAUAUUGCUCCCAGAUAUAGCUUUUAUCGUGCCCAGUUUCUUCGUGAAGCGUCAACCAGUAUCGUCUACUUGGGAAUGAAAUUCAUGAUGAUGAGCAAGACACAGAAGACUCGACUGGUGUCGCUGCUUUUGGAUGCGUUUCCGUUGGCUAUUGACUGCAUGAAAGAGGCACGGGAUACCUAUUCGACGUUGUGCGGGCAAUGUGUAAUUACUAAGGAUAUUGCCGAAGCAUUGGAGAUGGAAGAGAUGUUUUUCGCAAACGUGGUAGAAUUUUCUAAAGGAUAAAACUAAUAGUCGUGUCACUUGAUAACUUCGAUUUCAGAGGCGUGAAAUCAAAACAGGAGUAAUCAUCGAUUAAGCGACUGGUUUUUUUGACGAAAACUUUUUAUGAUUCUCAAAUUCUUAAAUUUUAGCAUCAGUAAUUUCGGACAGAUGUAGCACAUAAUUUUGCAACUUUGUGUCAUUUGCCAGUGUAUACGCGUACUGUUGUUGCUUGGAACUGCAGUGCCGUCAAGGCGUCAACAGGUGGA